UGAAGAAUUGCCCUUGCCCCGGGCGGAGCUGCCCCGUUCUCCUGGAGCCCGGGAAGGAAGGACUGCAAAGGGAACCUCUGGACGUUUCAUGUUUCGUCAGCCCGGCAGAAUUUUGGCUUUGAUUCCGUCUUGCUCGUACCUGUUCCUGGAGAAGAGGCACCGUCCCGCCAUGUCUCGCUACAGCCUCCACAACCUCCUGGACUGGAUGUAUGGGGGGGUGGACCCCAGCUUUGCCGGCAAUGGAGGGCCUGAAUGCGCUGCCUUUCUCUCGGGGAAGCAGCGCUUGCUGGAGAGUUUGGUCUUCCUCAGCGUAGGCAUCGUGGAGAUCCUCCUGUCCUUGGGGAAGCUCAGGCAUCUGCACCUCAGGGAGCUGGAGAAUCUGCUGCAGCAGCCCCAGACUAAGCAGGAGAGCUUGGGCAAGAACGUGCUCCUGGUGCUGCUCUGCCUCAUCUUUGGACUGGAGGUGGGCUUCAAGUUUGCCACCAGGACUGUCAUUUACCUCCUGAAUCCCUGCCAUGUGGUCACCAUGAUGCAGAUUUUUCUUCUCGCCUGUCCCCCAUGUCGGACUGCAAUGAUUCUCUUCAGGUUGCAGAUGCACAUGCUGAAUGGGGCCCUGUUGGCAUUGCUGUUUCCUGUUGUUAAUACACGCCUGCUCCCAUUUGAAAUGGAAAUUUAUUAUAUCCAGCAUGUGAUGCUUUACGUUGUGCCCAUCUAUCUGCUGCAGAAAGGAGGUAUCUACACUCCAGAGCCACUCUGCAAUUUCUGGUGGGCUCUUUUAUCCACGGGGUUUAUGUUUGUGUAUCACUUCAGCAUCUUGCAGAUUCUGGGACUGGUUACAGAAGUGAAUUUGAACAACAUGUUGUGCCCAGCAGUCUCAGAUCCUUUUUACGGGCCCUGGUAUCGAGUCUGGGCGUGUGGACAUCAGACUGUCAUGACCAUGACCCAUGGGAAGCUUGUAAUCCUACUGUUUUACAGUGCUGUCCCCAUCUUUAAAUGUAGCAUGGACUUGCUCAGACUCCCAGCUAAGAAAAUAGACUGAAAUUUCUCCCUGUGGAGUCGUGCAGGAAGCAGAGACACCUAUACUGGAAAACCAGGAGGAGGGAUGAGAGGACAACGGCUUUAUACUUCUCCCCACAGUUUAUUGCCUCAGAAACACCUUUGUAAUCAAGUGAGGGGUUUUUUUUACCUGCUGUUUCUCACUGCCUAUUGCCAAUGGCAAAAUUAGUGGCCUUAUUUUGGGAAAGGUUUGUGUUUUAUACAUUUUGUAUAGAUUACAGUAGAAUCUUGCUAAGCCACCAUUUAAAGUUAGGCCAGGACCUGUCUACAUUCCAGCAAAGAGAGUGGCAGUGCUACUUUGUUUUGACUAAUUUUCCAUUAAAUGUAAGUACAGUUAUAUCAUGGGAUAGGAAAUAAUGCUGCAUUGCAACACUCCAGAGAUGUGAACGAACACAUGUUGAACCGCAUCACCCUGGCUUAACUCUUAGAACCUGAAUGUUCCAAAACAGCCACAGGAAACAAUGUUAAUCUCCCAGUUGUAAGUGCAAAGGAGUGAGGUUCUACUGUACUUUCUUUAAGCUGGUUGAAAAUGUUGGGGAACAAUAACUCAUUCAAACAAUACUUUUUUUGGUUUGUUUUUUAAAUCAACUACUUAAUUCUUAAGCUGCUGUGGAUAACUAUCCAUCUAGUGAAGUCCCAUCAUAUCUUGAUGCUUUGGAGAUGCUUUUAUUUGGGUGAAUAGAAAAAAAUCAUGUUGAAAUAAUUUCAAAAGACCAUGUUAUGUAGAAGCCAUGAUAAGAUAUUGCAUCCACUCUUCUGUCCAGACUUUGAACAAAAUGUUUUUUCACUUAGCUUAGGCCGGAGAAGGAGUGGAGAUACAAAAUCCAUUGUAAAGAUCAGAGUUCUCUUUUUUUUUUUUUUUACUUAGUAGCUUUUGAAACAUUCCUGCUCUGUCUACACUGCUCCUUGCUGAGUAGACUGGUUAAAGAAGGAACAAACUGAAACUGUUCUCUCCCUACAGCUCUUUUACAUUCAGUGUACCGAUUUUAAAAUACAGGUACAAACAGGAAUGUCAGAUCAGUGCAGGCCUCUACUGAAAAGAACAUGUUCCAGUUUACUGGUAAGAAUAAAUCUUCUGUCAACAUGUCUUUUGGAGAACAGGAUGUAGAUGGGCAGAAUGAUAAACAGUGAAGUGUGUACCUGUUCAAAUUUUGCAAGGCUAGAGGAGAAACUGUUGGGCAGAAAGAUGGGAAAUCCUGAGUGUGUUCUUCCAGAACUGUGAGUCUGUGUCACAGGCUGUUGGGUUUUGAGGCUGCAGGUUUUUGUUGCACAGAAGUUUGUUGCAAUUUAUAGACUCAUUAUGUUAUCAAAGCUGUGACUUGUAAGAUAAACCAAAACCACCAUACCUCCUUCAGCUGGAUCACCUGAAGGGAUGUUCUGAAGUUAGGGUACAGUCAUUUAUACCUCAGGAGGGAAAAGUAAGAACAAGAAGUGGUUGAUUUUGGGCUUUUUGUCUGUUUUCCUUAAAAAAGAAAAAUUUUCAUUGGCAAAGGAAGAAGUGGCUACUUCAAAUAUUUUUAUUCUGUAUGAUUAAAAAAAGUCCACCUCAAUCAGAAAUAUAUUGUCCCACAUUCUGAUUUACAGACUAGUUUCUGGUUUUCUUCCCUGCCUUGCUCUGUGUGUUUGUAUGUGUACAUAUAUA